GUAGGACCAAAGCAAGUAACCAACGUGAUAAAUCUGGCUGUCCGAGGUGUGUUUUUAAUCAGAGGACAGGGAAUUGAUAUUCACAAGUUCUUCCAAAGAAACCACAACAGUAAGACGAAGUGCUGACACAUUUCUCAUGGAAAGAAGUUUUAUUGAAGACCGGUGUUUCUAGAUAUCUUAAAAUGGCUUACAGAAGAGACCAGCGUGAAACGUGGAAUGAUCCCCAGUAUUUCAAUGAGAGAAACCAACAGCGCUUCCCACAAGCAAGAGAGGGGUCGUAUCAACGGAUAGUAAAUGUCGUCCCACGGAAUCCUGUGUUUGAUAGACCAGAAGAAAAUUACAGAGAAUUCAUGUAUGAGGAGAAUUCCAGAAACUUUCCAGGUGGUAACUAUGGAAAUGAUCAGAGGAAUGGCCCCCCACAGAGAUGGGACGAACAGGGUCGAUGGCAGAAGGAAGAGUGUCGUGGAGGAAGACAAGCAGUGUUCAGGGAAGACCGGGAACAGUUUAGAAGGAAAAGUUUUUUUCCACCUCACAUAAGAGACCGUUCACCUAUUAGAAAAGCUCCUACUUACUACAGAAAUUCCCCUGGAGGUCGACGGGGUUCUCCACAUAGUCGCUCUGGAUCUAGUGUUAGCAACAAGAGCUUCUCUCCAGACAAGAACAAGCCCAAUUCCUAUCAGGCUCUGCACAACAAGAGCAAAGAAAGGCCAUUAACCCAUUCCUUAAACACUUCAAGAGAUGCUUCUCCACUGAGUUCUACAUCUCUACCGACUUCAAAGAUAAGCUCGGAUAAAAGCAGCAGACCACCAGAGUGUCAGACUACAGAAGCCUUAAGUGAGCGGCCUGAUGACGUAUUGGAGAAAUCUAAUGAACAAGAUUUAUCUGACACUCGGAAGGAAUAUGAUGAAAAAAUAAUAUUUGAAGAUGAACCAGAGGAGCCACAUACAAGUAAAGACAGCAGAGUUCUUGAUGAUGAUUUUCUGGAUCGACGAUCUCAAGCAAUUGCUGAAAAAGCAAAAGAAAUUGAAGAGGUUUAUAGACAAGACUGUGAGACGUUUGGGAUGGUUGUGAAGAUGCUGGUUAAUAAAGAUCCAACUCUGGAGAAACAAGUGCAGUUAUCUUUGAGAGAGAACCUUCGUGAGAUUGGAGAACGGUGCAUUGAAGAAAUUAAGAAUUUUAUUUCAGAAUAUGAUAAUGCUACUGCCCAACCAGAAUGAAGAGACAAAUAUAUCUGAUAUGUUUAUAUAAUUUGACUCUUGCAUUACUAUUCGAACUAAUGUGUUACUCAAAGGAGAUCGAUUAACACAAUACUAUCAGGUAACAGACUUAAUUUAUCCAUCUGACAUUAAUUGUUUGAGGGGUUAAUGGCUCUACCUUUUUUUAAAGUUUGAAACCAGAAAUGUUAUUUAGAAACUGACUGCAGCAGGUUUGGCAGUAACAUUUUAAAACACAGUGAAUUCCUUGGCAAACUGCGUCUACGUUUUAUUAAACAUUGCAAUUUAGUAUAAGAGCCUGGAUAUAGUUUUAUUUAUAAAAUUGAAAACCACAGAGGGAAAGAGAAAGACAAGUUUCAUUAUAGUCUGAUUAAACCCCUUGCAUUACAUUCCUUACCCUGUGAUCUAUUUAUUUUGCUAAAGUAUAGUUUGUUACAUUUCUACAGUGUUAAGUAUAAAAUACUUUUUUUUUUUUUUUUUUUUUUUUUUUUUUUAAUCCUAGUUCUGCCAGAUAAAAUAAAUAAAUAACUGCAUAGUCUAUAUCUGGAGACCCAGGCAAUAGUUUGACUGUUCUAUUGUAAAAUCUUGUUGAAUGCAUAACAGUAUUGAGAUAUAUGAUUGUUAUAAAGAACAUCGGUCAGCAUAUAGUGUCUAUUUUGAAAACUCAUGUAUUAUGGAUUUAUUAUUGCUCGUUUCAAGAGAAGUAUUUACCUGCUCCCAGAUUUUUUUGUGACCAGAAGUUUGCUUAUUUCAUAUUUUCAUUUUUAUUUUUUUUUGUUUUACAAGAAAAAUGGAAAUAAAGUUUUAAACUGACAAUGAUAAUAAACAUUGUACAAAAGUUAUUUGGGUGCGUGUAAUUUGACUCAGGGUUGUACUAGUACAAUACAUGAACCUGGAAUAUUUACCUGAAGCAACAGGAAGUAUCAAACAGGUUGUUCAGAUUGGUAAACCUACUCGUAUUUCAAGUCUAAAACAAGCAAGCACAUUGUUUUUUGGAACUUUUAUUUACUAGAUUGU